AUGUUUAAGUCAGAUAAACCUAAAUUUUCAUUUCAAUUAACGAUAAAUGAUUUAACUAAUGUCCCACAAAUUCAUGGAUCUUGUUUCAUCGAACUACAAAUCAAAGAUGGUAAGCGAAGAAACCUACAUCAUUCGCAUACAGCAAAAGAUUUAGAAAAUAAUAAUGGAAAUCAAAAGGUGAAUAAAUCAUUUUUGAAUAAGUUUGAUGAUACACUCACUAGCUUAGCAUUAGGUAAAGAUUCAAAUAAACAUAAUACAUCUAUUUCCCAAACAUCUUCCAAUUCAAAAGAUGUGAAAAAUAAUUCGGUAGUAACUGGGAACAUAUCAGCAACUACGUCAUUGAAGAAACUUCAUAAUUUUAAAUGUAAUUUCAAUUAUCAACUUAGUUGUAAUUUAAAAUUUGGAAUUCAAAAAAAAAAGAAUUUGAUACUGAAUAAAUACUUAUUGAUUAAGGUUUAUUAUGUAACUACUGAUUCUUCAGAACAUCAUCAUUUAAGCAAUAUUGGUAGCAAACAUACUAUUGAAUUAGGAAAAGUAGACGUUAAUCUUUCGGAAUAUUUGAAUUUCGAUGAACCUGUAACUACAAAAUAUUUACUUAGUGAUUCGAAAGUAAAUAGUAUUUUAAGUUUAACUAUUGGUAUAAAUGAAUUACCUUCAAAUUUUGAUUUUCAUACUCAAUUACAAAUUACUGAUAAUAAUUCAAGUACUAGUUCAACUGCAACAAACACAAAGACAAAUUUAGAUUUAAGAAAUAGUCAAAAUCAUAAAAAGAAUACAUUUAAUGUUCCUCAAUUUGAACAAAAACUUGUAUUUAAUGGAAUUAAUAAUGUGUUUGGUGAAAAUGGGACAUUUAAUGGAAAUCCAAGUCAACCAACUCUCCCACCACAAUAUAAAGAUCAAAAAACGGAAAAUAAUAAUAAUAAUAAUAAUAGUAAUAAUAAUAAUAAUAAUAAUAAUAAUGAGUUGUCUUCACAAUCAUCACAAGGGUCUGAAACUACUACACACCAUGAAAAUUCAUUCCUUCAACAAUUGGCACCUCAUCAUAAUGGAAGUCGAUUCAAGAAAGAGAAACUGUCAUCUAAUUCUCCUCCACCAGGUCAAAAAAAAGCACCAGAUGAUGCAAAACAACAACAAAUAUUAAUGGAUCCAAUUGUCCUGGAGUUAUAUUGUAGGAUUCUCGAAUGUAAUUGGGAUCCUGAUUUAUAUCCAUUAUUAGAAUAUAGUCCAAAUCAAUGUAUUAAUGAUAUUUUCAAUAAUGAAAAUAAUAAAUAUGGAUGUAAUUUAGAUUUGAAAAAUUAUUAUGAAGAGAAAUUAAAACCUGAAUUAUUGGUUGAGAAUGAAAAUUAUAGAAAAUUGAAUGGAUUAAUUAAUGAAUAUAAAUAUAGAUCAGAUUUAAAAAGUUGGAAAAUUGGAGAGACAUAA